AUGGCCGAAAAAAAGCUAAUUAAAGAUCCUAUCCAUGGGUACAUGGAAUUUGAAGAUUGGGCAGUAAAAUUUAUAGAUACACCACAAUUCCAAAGAUUGCGUGAUAUCAAGCAAUUAGGAACCGCUUUUUAUAUUUUUCCAGGUGCGACUCACACUCGUUUUGAACACAGUUUAGUGGAAAUUAUUACAGGAACGGCACACCUCGCUUAUACUUUAACCAAAAGAUUGCAGGAACAGAAAGGCAAAAGUGAUGAUGAUGAUCGCAAUCUUAAAUGUGUGACUUUGGCCGCUUUAUGUCAUGACCUUGGACAUGGACCAUAUAGUCACCUGUUUGACCGUGACUUUAUUCAAGACUGCCUAGGAAUAAAAUGGAAACAUGAGGAUGGCUCCGUAACAAUGUUUAAAGACCUUCUUGAAAAAAAUUCCAUCAAUUUGAAUUCCAUCGGUUUAAUUCAUGAUGAGGAUGUGGAAAUUAUUGAGGCACUUAUUAGGGGUAAAAGUGACCAACAAACAAAAAGACAAAUACCCAAGUAUCUAUUUGAAAUUGUCAACAAUGAGCGUAAUUCUAUAGAUGUUGACAAAUUUGAUUACUUCACAAGAGACUGUUAUUAUGCAGGAGUGAAACGAUCAUUUGAUUUUUCACGGUUGAUGCGGCUUUCUUGUGUCAAGAAUGAUAAGAUAGUUUACUAUCAUAAAGAAUGUUAUCUUAUUUAUGAUUUGUUUCAUACAAGAUAUUCUUUACACAAAACAGUAUAUAAACAUCGCAUUGUUAGAGCAAUUGAUCAUAUGAUAUGUGAUGUGCUUAAAGGAGCAAAACAAUAUUUAGCAAAGAAGUAUGGUUUUAAAGAUUUUGAAGAUGCGAUCAAUAAUGCUGAAAAAUAUAUACGAUUAAGUGAUUCUAUUUUUCAUGAAAUUGAACAUUCUGAAGAUAAAGAAUUAGAAAAAUCAAAAGGCAUCAUUAAACAGAUUAAAGAGAGGAAAUUAUACAAAUUUGUAGACGAAUAUUUAACCAAACCAAAGAAAGAGAGUGAGAAAAAAAAUAUCACAGAAGAUAUUAUGGAUGAAAUUACCAAUAGCGGUGUAACCUUAUGUGGUGAAUACAUAAAGCAUGACGACAUAAUUAUCGAUUGGAUAAGUUUCGAUUAUGGAAAAAAAGAUAAAAAUCCAGUAAAGGAUGUUGAAUUUUAUAACAAAACUGACGAUGAACCAUUCAAUAUUAUGGAAGAGGAUGUAAGCUAUCUUCUUCCUGUAUUUCAUAAAGAAGAAACAGUUCGAAUAUACUUACGUACUAAAGGAAAAGAAGAAAAGACUGAGCUAAAAAGAAGUAUUGCCCUAAUUAAAAAUGCAUUAAAAAUAGUCUUCGUGAAAAUCAAAAAGGUUAAGUUUAGAUAUAUUUAA